AGUACGCCGCUAGAGAUCCUUACACCGGGAUUACACGCUAAUGCGAGCCACGGACAACUGGACGAACAUUACCAAGAGGAGGACCAAACCGCCCUGCAAGAGUCCGGCCCGCCAGUCAGGACCCGACUGUCCUCUCGAAGACACCUUCACCAGGCGAGCAAGGGUCCAGUUCAGUUCAGUCCUCCGGAUACAAGAGUUCUGGAUUUAACACAUCUGGAACCAACAGAUCUGGAUCUAACACAUCUGGGACCAGCAGAUCUGGAUUUAACCCAUCUGGAACCAGCAGAUCUGGAUCUAACACAUCUGGUGCUAAGACACUUGGAUCCAUCAGCUGAAGACUCUACACUGAUCCUGCAGUCCGAUCUUGUGAUCGUAUUGAUUUAUACCAACACAUGAACCAUCGCCCCUGGAUUGAAUUUCAAGACAAUUGACAAUAGUGUAACGAGUGACCCUUUUGAAGUGAUAUCAAUUUUGGUUCAGUGAGACUGUGAGACUGUUCCAUGGAUACGGUUUGAGUGGCGGUUUGAUCCUCCUUAGGAUGCAAGUGUCACCUAUAAAGGACUUUGACUCGAGGAUAAUAUUUUCAGUGAGUGUUUGUUAGUGCGACGAGGGAACUUGUGUGAAUAGCCCUAACUGAUUGGUGUAUAAUUCAUUGGUUUUGACAAACGUGACAGUGAUUGCUUCUCAUAAUCGUCCGCGGAUCGUGGAAUGACAAAGAAGGUCAUCCCACCUCGAGAGAAGGAGCAAGGUCGUAGGUGACAGCAGCGGUGUGAUGAGCGGAUACUUCGGCAGAAGCACCCUGUCCCCUCUGCUCCACGACCCCAAGUACCCUCCAGCCAUGCGGGAGAAAGACUCCAGUCCCAGGAAGAUGCCAGGGCACAUCAGCCCCAAGCAAGCCAGCAUCUACCCCCUAAGUGUUCGAGUUCCGGACCCUGAAGAGUUGCCAUACGACCUCAGCCAUGGCCAAGGUCGAGGAAGCCCCACCCUGAACCAACAGCCCCACAUGAGUCCCGCCGCCAGGCCUCCUCAGCCCCACAGUGACCAGGACUCUGAACCCCUGGAUCUUCGCGUAGACCACAAAAAGGAGAGAUUAAGAGACGAGAACCAAAACGAUGCUGAGAUGAUGAACCAAAACAGUCUUGGGCUACCCUACCAUACAGUUCUCUUCCCCCAACAUCUCCCCCCACUCGUUUUGGAAGCGAUGUACAGAUCUCAUCACCAGACAGUACCCGACUUGCCCAAAAUCCAAGUUAGGGCUCUACCAACUAUGGUGCCAUUGCCUCCAAAUCGGUUUUCAGCCGGUGCCUCCCAACCAGCAAAGGCCCCUAGUCCUGUACAUCAACAGAACACGACAGCAACGUCUCAACAGCAACAACCGAUUCCACCCUACUCAAUUUCAACUGGGUUGAAACCCAAGGACAGAUAUUCGUGUAAAUUCUGUGGAAAGGUAUUCCCGAGAUCUGCGAAUUUAACGAGACAUCUUCGAACCCACACUGGAGAACAGCCCUACAAGUGUAAAUACUGUGAAAGAUCCUUCAGCAUAUCUAGCAAUCUUCAGCGUCAUGUAAGGAACAUUCAUAACAAGGAAAAGCCUUUUAAGUGUCCUUUGUGUGAAAGAUGUUUUGGACAACAGACGAAUCUAGAUCGUCAUUUGAAGAAGCAUGAUGCUGAUGGACCUACGAUAUUGGAUGAGGUGAGGUCCAGGUACCAUGGACAAUUGCCAAGAACUGAUGACUCGUAUUUUGAGGAGAUUCGAAGUUUCAUGGGGAAGAUUACAUCCCAGAGGCAAGGAAUUCCAUAUUUUCCGAGUCUUCUCGGAACUUCUGGAGAGGACUUUAGAAAUGAUAAACAGCAGUUGCAGAUGGAAGAGAAAAGAGGAGAUUCUUCCUACUUUAGUGAUAGGGAUAAUCUGAGUUCGAGGUCGAGUAGUAGUAGCAGACCUGAAAGUGUUCAUGAAGAGCAGAGGGAGAACUCACCACCUUUGUCUCCUGGGACUAAUACUUGAUUAAGUUCAUGAAGAAAUGAAUUGAAGAUGAUGGAAUUAGUUUAGAAUGGAGAACGGAACUAAUCUAAGGUGCUCCGAGACCGGAAGUUUGGUGAAAGGUGGUGCCAGAGAUACCUUUUUAGGCUGUACCUGUUUAGAGAUGAAGAGGAGAAAUAUGAUAAAUAGUUCUGCCAACCCUGAAAGCGUUCAUUGUAUAUUCGCUGAACAAGCAGACCUUGCGAUUAGAUUAGGUAGAUGAUAAUCCUAUUCUUAAUUUGAGCCGAAAGUCCUGAUGAUCAGGUCACGAUUUUAAAUCGAGAGGAACUUCUCGUCUGGUUGGAACGAAGUAGCU